GUCCCCGGUUUUAUACCUUCUUCCAUUUGUCUGCUCUGCAACUCUGAGCUCGACACAAUCCCGCAUUUUCUCAUCACCUGUCCACCGCGCUGGCGGGUAUGGACACAAGUUUGGAGUGUUGUCGUUUACGCCGAACCAACAGUUCUGGGCCUUUCACAGUUCAUCACAGAGCUCAAUUGGUCCCUUGCUCCUCCAUCCACACUCCCCCACUACAUCUCCGCCGUCCAGAGUACGCUUCUUGCUCUUUGGCGCGCAUACUGGCGGCUGGUUUUCGACCGCAUCCCCUUUGACCCGACCAUCGUUGUCCAAUCUGUC